AAUUCAAUUCCCGAAGAACCGUAUUUAAGCAAUGGUAUUUCGGCGCUUUUCUGUACACAAAAGUCCGGGAGUCGACUUUGAAGUAGUUGUUCCCAACACGCAGAACAAUUUAAAACACAAUUUUGCGUGUCAGAAACGCGCUCUUAAGGAGAGCAGAGGAGAGAAGAGAAGGGAAGGGUCAACAUAGUUAAAAUUGGGCUCCUUUUGCAUCAUUUCCAUUUCCAUUUCCAAUCCAACUAUAAUCAUGGCUGCUGUUGUCGUGCCAUCUUCCAUGCAAAUCUCAAUUACAGUUGUUGGCAAUAAAAAUGGAAAAAGGAUGAGUAGCCAUAAUCGACAAAUUUUGAAAUUGAAAUCUCGAAAGACGUUUAAGACGAGGGCAAGUUUUGAAGAUGUCAAUUUUUCAACCGCUAAAGUGGUGACUAUUCGAUAUUCCGAUCUUGCGGAAACAAGUGCUGAUUUUUCUGAAGAACUGGAGGCUGGAUUUGGACCAAAUGGAUUGGGUAUCAUUGCCAUUUCUGAUGUUCCAAAUUAUCCUAAACUACGGAAAAAUCUACUUCAGCUUUCUCAUAGGUUAGCAGCACUUCCAGAUGAUGCAAAAAAGAAUCUCGAGGAUCCUGAUAGUAGGUAUUCUUUUGGCUGGAGUCACGGGAAAGAGAAAUUGGAGUCUGGUCAACCAGACAAGUUUAAAGGAUCGUUUUAUGCAAAUCCAAUUGUAGAUGUACCUACAAAUGUUGAAGAUCUUAUACAAAGGUAUCCAUCAUAUUGCCGAGAAAAUGUAUGGCCCAAGAGCACAUUGCCUGAGCUUGAACUUGCAUUCAAGGAUCUUGGAAAAUUGAUAUUCAAUGUGGGAUCGCUUCUGGCAGCUCAUUGUGAUAAAUACGUUGCGAAACAGAAUUGGGAUGCUCCAAGCUUAAAAGAUAUACUUGGUCGGUCUUUGUGCCACAAGGGUCGUCUGCUACAUUAUUUUCCAAUUGUACAGAGUGACAAUAAUAGCACACCUUGGUGUGGGUGGCAUACAGACCAUGGUUCUUUGACAGGUCUUACUUCUGCGAUGUAUAUGAAAGGUGACUCAGAAGUAAAUUGUCCCGAUAAUACUGCUGGGCUUUAUAUCAAAACCCGUACAAAUGCAGUUGUCAAAGUAUCUUAUGGAGAAAAUAACAUAGCCUAUCAAGUUGGAGAAGCUACAGAGAUACUCUCCAAUGGCUUGUUUCAUGCAACACCUCAUUGUGUCAAGACAGCCAAAGGAGAAAAAGCAAGUGGCAUAGAGCGCAAUACAUUUGCAUUGUUUAUGCAGCCUAAUUGGGAUGAACCUAUGUACAAUCUUGUUUCUGUUGCUUAUCUGCAUAAAGAGUUGAUGAAAUCAAAUGGGAGUAUGCCGUUCGGAGAUUAUUCUGAACAACUAUUGAACAAAUACUACGGGUUGCAUUCUCCAUAGUAUGAUGAAUCAAAAUACUUGAUUUCUAAAGUUUUUACAGCGUUACAUUCAAGGACCUAGUCUCUUGACAUUUGAAUUGGUAAUAUCUAAUGUAAUGACUAACUUUGAUAAUUGUUACAAUUCUUAGUCAAUUUUUAGUGUUGUUUUUAAGUUUAUUUUUAUAAAAAACUUAAUGAAUACAUGAAAUACAAAUUGUAUUAACUCUCUAUCUUUGUGUCAAAGUUAGUUUUGGGAGCUCUAUUAUCUCUCCUUAUACUAGUCUUAUCUUGGGAAAUUCUUAAAAUUACCCUUUAGUAUUGAAAAAAAAAAAUAUUUAACAAAAUGAUUUCUACUUGCUAACUUAAAGCUUGAAAUUACAAUAUAUUUUUUUAAUUUGUUUUCC